AUGUCUGAUGUAAAAACACUGGUUACAACUGCACCAAUACUGGCCUACUACAAUCCAAAAAGAGAUGUAACCAUACAAUGUGAUGCCAGUAAAACAGGUCUCGGUGCGGCUAUCCUACAAGAAGGAAAACCAAUUGCUUAUGCAAGUAGGGCAUUGACCCCAACUGAACAGAGAUAUGCCCAAAUUGAGAAAGAGGCUCUUGCACGAUUCCACCAGUACACCUUUGGUCAAAAAAAUCUAGUUGAAAGUGACCAUAAACCGCUCGAGACAAUUGUCAAGAAACCACUUCAUCGUGCCCCAAGACGUCUCCAAGGCAUGCUGAUGAGAAUGUUGAACUACGACAUAGAAAUUCUCUGGAAGAAAGGCACGGAAAUGCAUCUUGCAGAUAUGCUGUCCAGAUCCUACCUACCGUACACUGAUGGAUCAGAUGACUUUGCUCAGGUCAACCUGGUUGAUAGCCUUAGCAUGGGACCAGACAGACUACGACAAAUAAAAGAAGAAACGGACAAAGAUGAAUCACUGCAACUACUGAAAGUGGUGAUCCAACAAGGGUGGCCCGAUGAGAAAGACUUCCUUCCAUCCCAAACACUACCUUACUUCAACGUUCGUGACGAACUCUCCCUUUCGGAUGGUCUUGUGUUCCGAGGGGAGCGCAUCGUAAUACCAAGCUCACUCAGGAAAGAAAUGAUAAAGACAGUUCACAACUCUCAUCUUGGUGUUGAAAGUUCCCUCAGGAGAGCUCGUGAAUGUCUAUUCUGGCCAGGCAUGUCUGCUGAGAUAAAGCAGUUUGUAUCAAACUGUGAUGCGUGCAGAUCAUAUGAGACAAAAAACCAGAAGGAAACACUCAUGCCUCAUGAUCUACCAAACCGCCCCUGGGAGAAAAUUGGAGCCGAUCUUCUAGAGUAUGAUGGUAAGGACUACCUAAUCACUGUUGACUAUUUGUCCAACUUCUGGGAAAUAGACAGACUCCACAACCUGACCUCAAAAACUGUCAUAAAAAAGUUGAAAUCUCACUUUGCAAGAUAUGGCAUACCAAACUCGGUAAUCAGCGACAAUGGUGGUCAGUUCACGUCCGAUGAGUUCAAGAAAUUUUCCAAAGUUUGGGAUUUUGAACAUUUCACUAUCUCCCCCAAACAUAGCCAAUCUAAUGGUAAAGUGGAGUCUGCAGUGAAGGCUGCAAAAAGACUACUAAAGAAGUGCAAGAAAGCCAACUCUGACCCAUACAUGGCACUUCUUGAACUGAGAAAUACUCCAACUCAAGGAAUCAGCAGCAGUCCCGCACAAAGACUGCAUAGCCGAAGAACCAGAACCCUUCUACCCACAUCUAACAGCCUGUUAGUACCAAGAGGAAAAGACAUCAUGGAAAGUGAGCGAGCCAAAAUGAAACAUCUACAGAGAAAACAGUCGGACAACUACAACAAACAUGCAAAAGACUUGCCAUCGCUGGCAGAAGGAGAUGUUGUACGACUGAAACCAUUCCGCUCUGGAGAAAAACAAUGGCCACGGGCUGUUGUAAGCAAGAGACUGGACGAGAGAUCCUACGAAAUCGAAACCCAACAAGGACAGACCUUGAGACGCAAUCAUGUUGACCUGAAGAAAACGCGUGAAGAACCACCAGUAAUGCAUGGUCACACAAACAUGAGACACUUGCAUGCCCCGACCCCCACUGACCAAUGCAUUACAAAGCAAACCAUCCUACCACCACAGAGUCACCCAGACCCACAAGUAUCUGAUGGAUCUGGAACACCGAAACAACCCACACGGAAACAACCCACACGCAUCCCUCAAAUGGAACACCCCCCAGGAAUGCAUCAAACAAUUGACCCAAACCCUCAACAAGAGACAAUUGAACUGAAAGACUUGCCAAAAACCAGAUCUGGUAGAAUGAUCAAAGAACCUAGCAGACUAAAGGACUAA